AAGAAAAUUAGCUUAGUUUUAUAUCCUGCAGUUAUUUCUAGGCCAGAUAUUAUAAAAAGUUGCGAAAUCCUUGCAGAAUAUGUAGCUAAAUUUUAUUUAAAUUAUAUAAAUACAGUAAAUUAUCUAAUUUUAUUUAUCUAUAGAACCUGA